GCUGCCAACGGAGCUUGACAUUGGGAAUGAAACCCGACACGUUUGUCAAGAUAUGUUUUGGAAGGUGUGAGAUCUAAAAACGUACCAGCACCGUGGACCUAAAAGGAAAGACAAGAAUAUGCGGCAGUUUGAUGAACAAACGAAACCUUUUUAAAACGGAGGAGUCGAGUUCAUGGGGUGACUGAUUGACUGAUGCAUUCAUUUUCAAGACUGCAGAUCUAUCUCGGAAUCUUUUUAUUAAUGUUGGUGCACGUGUUCUCGAGCAAGAGUGGAAGCAAAACAGCUGGAAUUUAAAGAGAAGACAAAAAAAACAGCAGGUCGGCAUGUCUGCAGACAGAACUAUCCUAUGCCUGUUUGAUGUGGAUGGUACUCUGACGCCACCGAGAGAGAAAAUAGACCCGGAGCUGGAUGAGUUCUUCCAAAAAUUAAGAAGGAAAGUCAAAAUUGGCAUCAUCAGUGCGUCAGAUUAUUCCAAAAUUGCGGAACAACUCGGCGAAGGAGAUGACGUCAUACACAAAUUUGACUACGUGUUUGUUGAAAACGGCACCGUGCAGUACAAAGAUGGCAAACUCCACUCAAAGCAGGCAAUCCAGAAUCAUAUCGGGGAAGAGCUGCUGCAGGACCUCAUUAACUUCUGCUUGAACUACAUGGGGCUCAUCAAACUGCCAAAGAAAAGGGGAACGUUCAUUGAGUUCAGGAAUGGAAUGCUCAACAUUUCCCCCAUCGGUCGGAACUGCACAUUCGAGGAACGAAUUGAAUUCUCUGAAAUUGAUAAGAAAGAAAAAAUUCAGGAGAAAUUUGUUGCUGCCCUGAAGGAGGAAUUUGCUGGAAAGGGACUGCGGUUCACUCGAGGUGGUCUCAUCAGUUUUGACGUGUUUCCCGAAGGCUGGGACAAGAGGUUAUGUCUCGAUCUGCUAGCGAGCGAAGGCCUGGAUGCAAUCUACUUCUUCGGCAAUGAGACGUCAGAUGGAGGAAACGAUUAUGAAAUUUUUAACGACCCGCGUACGAUCGGCUACACGGUCGACUCGCCGAGAGACACUGCCAUCCGGUGUCGGCAACUUUUCUUCGAUGAGCCGUCGUGUGAAUCCUGAUGUUAUUUUUUUUUUUUUUCAUGGCCUACUCUGCAGAGUAUUUGUUAUGCCUGCUGAAAAUCAACCAGUGGAUCGCAACGGGUUGGUUGUAAACUGCUAAAAAUGAUUUUCUCCAAGUUGUUUUUUAAAAUAUCUACGGUAUAACCCUAAAUAGGGUGUAAUAGACAAUGUCUUUUUUUUUCUUCAUUGUCAAAACGUUCCAGGUUUAUUCAUGUCUCUGAGGUACAUAUCAUUUAUAGAUUUUAUCUGCUUUUAUCAAGUUUAUAUUAGGUAUUAGUGAAUUUGAACUUUUACAGUGAAUGACGCUUCUGUGAUGACGUGACCAUGCUAAUUUCAUGAAUGUGCAUGUUAAAUCCGAGGUCUGCAUCAGGCCUGUUUUAAACAUAUUAAACUUGAAAGUGAUGAGGCGUAUGUAGCCUACACUGUAAAUCAAGAAUCUGGUUUUAUUCAUUAAAUGUAUCACUAAUAAAUCAUUUUGACAU